ACGUUUUGUGGUAAAGCUUAAGAAUCGCUAAAUAGUACAAUUUUUCGAAAUGUAAUUAAGAGCGUGUGUUUAUUUGAUAUCAAAUUAUCAUAUAGAAUAACAAUUUGACUUUGUUAUUGAUCACGGAAAUAAUAUAUUUUUAACGGAAUAUGUGCUUAAAUACCUAUGACCUUGACGGUGACAAGCGAGACAGUUAAAAGCUGCAUUAAGCAACACGAGUAAUCAUAUGUAUAAUCAAGUAAGAUUUGCAAUUAACUGGAGUAUGAUAUACAUAAAGGCUUACAGUGUUUAUAUAAAUAAACGUUCGUUAUUACUUCCGGUCAGUUUAAUGUAUGAACGGAAAGUUUAAUAAACAGAACACUAUUCAGAUCUGUAGCAGUUUAAGAAGAACCGAUGUAGAUAUAUGUAUAUAGUUGACCAUGCUUAAUUCCAGAAUUAUUGCUACAGGAAUAGUGGUAUUUGAAUUGUCAGACAAAGGAUCUUCUGCUGCAGUGAUUUAAAGAUGUGGGGAAGCAGUCUUAAAAUAAUAGAAAUGACAACGAUCAAAUGAAGAAAUUAAAACAAAACCAAAAGUCUAAUACCAGUACUGUGGAGCCAGAGGAGAAUGAAGUGUUGAAUACCAGAGAGAAGUACCAUAAAGAAAUUGCUAAGACCAAGAGAAAUAUAUUGGAAAGAAGUGAAAAAUCUGAGGUGAAAGCAGUCCAAGACAAGGAUAAACAGGAGCAACUUGUUAAUGUUGUUGAUAUACAGGAUACUACAGUUGGAAAAAGUGAUGAUGAGUCAAAAUUUCAUGAACUAAGAAAAUAUUUACUCUCUGACACAUCUGAUAAAGAAAGUUCUCCACCAAUUAAAGAAAAAUCACCGUCAAAGAAAAAACAGACUAGAAACAAAGAUAAAAUGCUUGAAAUAAGAUCAGAAGCAGAGAAAUCUCCAGUGAAGAGCUUUCGAUCCACUAGAGGGAGUUCUGUAGAAAAGAAGGACAAAGGACCUCUUUCUCCUACAAAGAAACAGAGUCCAAAUGUGAAAAUAGAACUCAACAAUAAAGACAGUCCUAUUAUUGGGAAUAAAACUCCCCUUUCUGCAGGUAAAAAGGUGAAACAUACACCAUCUCCAGAAAAAUUAUCUGUAAUAACACCAGAAUCACCAAGAACAGGAAGUCGUCAACGCUCGCCAAAUCUUAGAUAUGCUGACGAUAUGGUUAUGUUUCCCUUGAAGUCACCAAAAAGACAAAUCUUUAAGAAAGACAAUAAUACAGAAAAUUGCAAUAAUAAUGAUGUGUCAUUACCGAAAACUAGUCUUUCAACUGAAUGUCAAACUUCACAACUGUAUUCAUUGCUGACAGGAACUAUUUUGAAUAGUGAUUGUACGAAAAUUAAAACUCCAACAGAAACGAACAAUUCUGAGAAACAAGUAUCAGACUUACCAUUAGUUAAUCAGAAAGUUGAAACCAAUAAUCUCAAUGGUGACAUAACUGACAAGUCAUGUGAAACUGCUGAUGUUGGAAUUAAGAGUGAAAUAGAACCAAUAGACACUAGUUCAAACACAGUUUCAAUAGGUAAAGAGAUAGAUAUUCCAAAAACCAUUCCUGAUGCUGUAAGCAAAAUUAAAGUUGAAAAUUCUGGCAAAGAAGUAGGACCGAUGGAAGCAUUACAGAAUUUGUCAAAUGUAAUAGAUCAGAUCAUAGUAGAAUCUACCCAAGAAGACAUUCCAGGCUGGGCUGUGUAUGAAGAUAAACCUUUAAGAUUACCACGUAAACCCAGAAGGAAACGUAAAUCGUUACAAGAGAAAAUAAUUGAUGGAGAAUUAGGUUAUACAGUUGUAACUACUAUUAAAAGAAAGAAUCCUGACGAAACCCCAACCUCAAGUGGAGAUGAAGAUGAUUCAAAGGGAAAACGUAGAGUGACAAAACCAAUAUUAAAAAGGUCAAUAAUUAGGAUGUCGCCUGCUCUUGGGUUGUUAGUUGGUCAUGAUGAAGAUGGGUUUACAAUGUUUGAUGAACACAAGAAUUCAAAGUCUGAUAACGAGGAUGAUGGAGAAAAUGAUGAAACUGAACAGAAAGAUGGAAAAAAAGGAAAGAGAAAGUUAAAUUCAGAUCAGAAACAAAUGCCUACUAAGUCCACCUCAACUGGUAUAUCUGUGUCAAAACCAAUUUCUACUCAACCUCAAAUGAGACUUAUCGGUAGUGCUGGAACCAAAGCAACGAUUGUGUCUGGAUCCCAGUCCGUGCCAUGUAUUAUUGUGCCAAGCUCAUCAACCAUUGGAGGACAAACAUUAUUAACUCUUCAGGGUUCAAAUGCCAGUAAUAUAAGCAUUAUUCCAAGUAACAAGAUAAGUUUAAUUGGAACACCUACCAACAAAGUAAUACCAUCUUCCAUUUCUCCCGUCUCUCCCAUAGGACCUCCUAUGGUAUCAAUGAUUCCAUCAUCUAAUGUAAGACCUGUACAACCUUUACAGGUGAUUACUUCUGUACAAUCAAUGCUGAAGACACCAACUACAAAAACAUUCUUCCGAUUAUCUCAGGGACAGCUUAUCUCCUCGUCAGGACAACCACUUCUGUCUACAAAGGUGCUGCCAGGAACAAAGGGCCAACUAAUAUCAUCACCUGGAAGUUCACUUCUGUCGACAAAUGUUCUGUCAGGAAGCACAACUACAGCACAUACAUUCACAACCACAUCACCUAUAAUCAGCCUUGCUUCACAGUCUAAUCCUUUAAACAUACCUCCAAAUUCAAAAGUUCUUAUUUUGAAAAAGUCUGAUAUUCCGAAUACUUCUGGAACAAUACUUGUUAAUUCAUCUUCUCCUGUCUCUGGAAGACCAGGAAUGUCAUUGUUAAAGAAGUCACCAGUCACUGUGAGCAAACCUGAGGUAGCAUCUAUAACAACUAGUUCUAAACCAGUUGUCACAGAAAAAAUAUCUCCAUCAGUCACUGUACCAGCCGCUGCACCAGUUAUGUCACCAAAAACACCUAUGGAUUCAGAGUCAGGUCAAAGUUCACCUGAAAUUAUCAUAAAUGAAAAAAAAUUAAUACCCCUGGAUGAUUUAAUCUCAAAAGUGAAGACUAAUAUGGAUUCCUUGGUACAGCUACCUAAAAUAUUUACAUCUGAUACUUUAAUGGAUUAUGAAAGUGAAAGUGAUAGUGAUAGUGAAAUGUCAGACGAACAGGGAGAUGAUAUGGAGGAAGGACAACAUGUUGGUGAUGAAACAAAACUAAAAAAGGUUGGACAUGAGGACAAAAGUGAAAUUGAUGAUUCUGUUGAUUGUCAAACGUCAGAUAAAGUUCAGAUAACUGAUACUGAAAAUCUACUUGAAGAAGAUAAAGCUUCAAAUGGAGCAAAAGAUAUAGAAAAAUCACAGUUGGACAAAAAUGUGUCAGUCAAUGAAAUUGCUGACAAAACAAGUGACAGUAAUGAAAAUGAUUUGUCUGCCACUGAAAAAGCCAUGGAAAUUGAUUCUGAACAAUGUAAACAAGUGGAUACAAAUUCAGAAAAUAUAAAGGAAGAUCAAAAUGUGACAAAAAAUUUAGGAAGUGAAUUAAGUAAAAUUAUUAAGCAUCCUGAUACUUUAACUGUUGUAAAUGUUAAAAUUGAGAUCGACACAAAGUAUGUAGAUAGCAAAAAUAUAGAUAAACCACAAAAAGAAAUACAACUAAAAACUAUUAAUGGAAAGGAUAAGGUUCAGUCAGCAGAAGUCAAGGCUGAUUCAGCUAAAGACCAAACUAAUUUGUUGCAAAGUAAACUGAAGAAGGCCAUGGAGUCAUUAUCAAAUGUGAAAUCAGUAUUAGCUGCAAAAACUGAUGCAAAAUUAAUCAAAGUAGAUUUGAAACCUGAUCCGCAGCAUAACAGUGAAAAAGAACAGUCAAAUAAGUCAGAAGAAAAAACAUCUGAAUCUGACGAUCAGAGUAAACUUAAAGAUUCAGAAACAGUGUGUGGUAAUUUGUCUGAUUUAGAAGAUCAUGGAGGAGAGUCUAAAAGGAAAAAUAUUUUUGAUCUGAUAAUGGAGGAUUAUCAGUCUCCAGGAAAAGAGGGGAAAAUAAAAGAAUCUGACGGAAAGAAAAAUGUUAUAGAAAUUCAGGAAAGUCCUGUGAAGAAAUCGCCAAAUAAAACUGCAAGCUCAGUGGAAAAUUUAUUAGACGGUUCUGAAAAUAAAUCUACAGAGAGAUCUCUGUUUGAUGUAGGACUAACACCAAAACCGAAAGCAAAUGAUAUGGAUAUAGACUCAAAAGAGGAAAACAAUGUUGCGAUCAUUGACGAAUUAUCACAUGAUAAAAAUACUGAUAUAAAAAAUGAUGACAAUGCUUCUAAAACUGAAGAUCAGUCUAAAAUAAGAGCUGAUAUCUGUGAAAUUAAGGACACAAAGAACGAUGAUGAUCUCUCUCAAAUUGAUAAUAACUCCCAAGACGUUAUUUCAUUAGAUGGAUCAAGCAAAUUUGAGAAUGAAAUGGAAAUUUCAGAUGAUGAGAUUGAUCAGGUUCAAAAUGAAAUGGAAUCAAAACAUUUAACAAUGGCUGAUAAACUUUUAGCUAAAUUUAAAGAAUGGGAAGAUGAAGAAAGUGUUCCUAAAACCCAUAUAACUAAAAUACCUCUCAAACUCAAAAUCAGUAGUAGUCCAGACAAAUCAUUUAUAGUUUCUUCAUCACAUAGUACUACGAAAAAGAAAAUGACAAACAUGAGGAAAGUAGAUGGACGUCUUGUGCCUAUGAAUUCAACUCAACGAGAAAUUAAAGAACCAUUGCCAAUGACUGUCUUGUUUAACCCUGAAACAGAAAUUAAAGAUAAACUUUCAGCAUUUAGUAGUCAGUCGUUAGAAAACUUCAUUGAAAAUUUGACAAUUGAGGUCAAAGAUGAUGAGAAGGUUAAUAAUGAGGACGAUGAUUUUGAUGAUGGUGAUGACGAUGACGAUAAUUUAAUUGAUGAUGAUGAAGAUGAUGAUGAAGAAGAUGACGAUGAUGAUGACGACGAGGAUGAAGAUGAAGAUGAAAAUGAAAAUAAUGAGAAUGAUAGUGAUAUGUCAAUGGAUGAACAUGAUCCAGACUUUGAUGAAAUUGAUGGUGUUUUGUUUAUGUCAUUUCCUAGUAAAAAUGCGCUGAAAGCACAUGUUGAAGUAGAAAGAAGAACAAAAUUGGGAACUGAUGAGAACAUGUUAUUAGGUAUGACGCGUAUGAGAAAUAUGAGACGAAAGCAAGGAUAUAUCUUAUCAAAAUACAAUAAAAAGGUUGGCAAUAAAGUUCUAAAGGAUAAAGAUAAUAUUAGUCAGAACUUGAGAGGAAUGCAUAAAACUUUAGCUAAAUACCAAAGACUUUAUAAACAGGAAUUGCAAUGGUUAGAUAGCCCUAAUGAUGAAGGCAUUUUCAUGAAUAAAACUAGUGAUAUAACAAAAAUUAAAGGCUGGAAAAACAAAGUGGACAAUGUUACUGAUGAUGUUGAAAAUGCAAAAGCUGAAAUUGAAAAUGGAGGAAAGUUACAUUGGCGAACUGAGGCACGCCUUGCUAAAAAUCUGCGUCCUGAUGAGUUGAAAGAACAUGGUUUGAAUAUAAAAAAGAAACGUAGAAAGAAUAUAAUUUACACUCAAAGGAAAGGAAUGUCUAAAGGUGAUCGAUCUCAAAAGUCAGAAAAUGGACAAGAAGAAAUACUAUAUGAUGAUUAUUCAAGGUCAAAUUCUAAUGACUUGAAUGACAUACAGUUUAUUGAUGAAGACAUAGAAACAAGCAUGACAAAAGAUGAAGAUACAGAAAGUCAUGCAGAUAUAGUCGAAGUAAGAGAUGAAAACAUUAUAUUUCCGUCAGACGAUGAGGUUCAAGAUGAAGAGCUGGUUAGAAUAUUUGAUAGAGAGAGGAUAAAAGAAACUGAUAAGGUGAAAAACUCUGUAAGGCAAAGGAUGAUUUUCAAAUCAAAAACACUAAAAAUGAGGUUGAAUUACAAUUUACAAGAUAUUCAGGUAAUCCGUAAACUUGGAGGACAUAAUAUAAGAAGGCGUAAAAAUGCUGAUGGCGGAUAUGAAGGUGAUUACACAGUUAUCAUGGAUACCUCUGGAACAAAUAGUCGGCCUUCAACACCUGAAAUACCACAACAGGAGGAGCCAGAAAAGGAAACGCCCACUAAAAAAGGUCGGAAACCAAAAUUAGAACUGGUGGCCUCUGUCCUUACUAGCAAUAUGGCCACUGCUGCAUGUUCAGCCAUACCUAAAAAAUAUUCACGUAAAAAGCCUGUUCCAAAAAAGAUAAUAAAAGAAACUGAUGGUCAGUCACCUGAGUCUGGUCAGUUAACAACUUGUGAUAAACCAGAUCAUACUGAGUCCACUCAGAACAGAAGUUGUCGAUAUGGAUGCAUUUGUCAUUUGUGUAUGUUUACCGAUCAAAGUCCAGAAGCUGAUCGCAAUGUACUCAAAUGUGAGAAAGAAUAUUGUCGUCUUGGCUGCAUCUGUGAUAGUAUUGAAGCACAUAAGGAGAAAGAUAAUGUACCACAUUGUGGUAAACCUGAAUGUAUGGUGGUUUGUUAUUGUGAUGAUUUGGCUGUGGAUGAAACCAAAAAUACAAAAAAAGAUGAUGAAGAUUAUCGAUUUACUGGACAAAAGAAAACUGCUAAGUAUGCAGCUCUUCCUAAGAGAGAGUCAACAUACAGAUUGGCCAAAAAUCUUGAUGCAGUUAGUCGUAAAGCCAUGUUGUAUUACGAAUCUAGUGAGAUGUUUGUUGACCAAAAGAAAACAAGACGUCGUAAGAGCAAGGAAUCAACAGAUUCUCCACAAGUAUACAUGGAUGUAGAUGUGGCAGAUUUUGAACCUCUUCAUCAGGUGUCCACAGUACCAUCAAAAUCAAGAAAGCAGGAAUUUUUAGUGCACAGACCAGUACCUAUAAAACCAAGGUCAAGUAGUGUGGCUGGGAGAAGAGAUGAAAUGAUUGAUUUUAGUAAUAUAAAGAGUGAGAUAUCAAGUCAAGAAAGCUGGAACUUGUCUGACUUGUCUGAGUAUGACGAUAUAGAGGUCAAUUCUGACGAAGAUCUACAGACUACCACAUGUGCUCGUACAGCUAUAUAUAACGCUGUCAAAAGAGAAAAGCCCCAGUUAGGAGUUACCUGUAACUGUGGGAAACUAAGUCAUCAAAAGUGUGAUGAUGGAAAAUUUAACAUUCCCGAGGAUAUUUUGUCAAGUGGGAAAUGGCACACACAGUGGAUUUGUUUGAGAAGUAAAGGUCACUCAAUGGAUGAUACUAUGGCAGAAGGUUUACGUCUGUUAGAAGUUAUAUCAAACUGCAAUUAUGAAGACUUCAAAGCUAAAAUUUUAUCUCGUCUGACAUCACAUAUAUCACAUUCGGAAUAUCCUCCGUUGAAGAAUUUUCUUGUGGGUGAGUUUAAAGUCUCAAUCUUACCCAAGUCAAACAAACCUGCAAUUAUUCCCCCAGAAGUGAUGGCAAAACUACCGAAUUCUGUUUACUCCAUUAGAAUUCAAAUAAUAAAGGAUCCCUAUGUAUCAAAUCCUCAGAUCAUAAAUCUUAUAGAUGAUACAGAGAUCAAUAUAAAAGAAGUCAGAUCAGGAUCAAAAUCUAAAAGUGCAUCUAAACUGGGAAAUAACUCUAUAGUGACACCAGUUCAGAACAAUAGAGCACAAAAUGUUUGGAAAAAAUUAGAUAGAAAUUCUGAACUAGCAAAACAUUUACAGUCGGAUGUUAAUCCAGUGAUGACCCCAAUAACCUCAUCCUGUACUAUUGUAGCAGGAGGAAUAUCUGGACUUAGUCAGUUACAGAUAUCACGACCCAUAGGGGCUGUGUCAGGAUUCUCAGCUCUUCCAAAGCCUGUUUUACCAGACAAUGUCUCUAGUAAAAAUGUGUUACCCGGUACCAUUGUAAAAGCUAUUCCUGUGUCUCUUUCAAGUCCAGGUGUGGUAGUAUCAACUGGUAGCAAUUUAAAUGCCAUUCCUGCGUCCCUUUGUGGUCCAGGUAUCAUAACUCCAGUUAUACUGGUUCCUGACAACAGUGUGAGCUUAGGAAAUGCAGUAGUUACUGCAGCUGUUCCAGUAACACAACCAACAGCUAUUGAAGCCUCAUCAACUUUGAAUUCCUCAUCAUUCAAACAUCAAAACAUCCCAGGUUAUGUGGUCAAAGGUGUAACUUCUAUUUCAAAUAUUAGUCCUGGCAUAACACUAAGUAGUAGUUCACAAGAUCAACAAAAUUUGAAACGUAAGCUUCCAGACCAAACAGAUACUUCUGACCAGAAAAAGUCAAGGAUAGAGGCUUCCCUGGGUCAAUCCGUUAAUACAACAGGGUCAUUGACACAACCAAUACCCAGUGUUAGUGAAAAUUCUGAUAAAUCCAUAGGACAUGUAUCUGUUUUACGAUGUAUAGUUUGUAAUAAUAUACUGACAGCAGAAGACAUAACCAGCUGGGUAUUAUCUCAGGAUAGUAUACAGGAGAAAAUCUGUGUCAAAUGUAAAAGUGGACAAAAAGUGGUAUCCCCCGUACAACAAAAAACAUUACCUCCUUCUCAAAACACUUCCCCGAUUGUAAUUGAUGGAGACAAUUCAAACAGUACACUAGCAGAAAAUAGUACACAAGAUGUUGAAAUGGUGGAUGGGAAGGAAUUGGUUAAAACUAUUGAGUCUGAAGCAAGUAAGAUAAGAAGUAUUGUAAAAGAGGUUGAUGACUCACCAGUGCAGCUUGAUUUAGACUGUGAUGAUGGCAAGUCAGCAAAUACAUCACAAAAACAUUCAUCAGAGUCCAAAACUGAGGAAAAUCAGACAAAAACUGUUAUUGAUCUUAGUAGUGAUGAAGAAAAUUCUAUGGAUAAGUCAUCUGGUAAAAAUGAUGAAAGUGUUAAGAAAGCAGAAAAAGUGAUAGAAAAUCAGUCAGACAACGAAGAAGAUGAGUUAGAGGCAGCCAUUAGAGAUGCACAAGAUGACUACCAGGACAAUAUAGUCAGAAAUCUCAGUGACGAUAACGAAUCUCAAGAGGAAGAGGUCAACAAAAAUACUUCAGCACCAAAGUCAAGUGUCAUUGUUAUUGACGAUGAAGAUGAUGUUGCUGUAACGACGGUAGAAAAACGUAAAGCUGAUCACAGCGGAUCUGAGGGAUCAGCAGCCAAGAGAUCAAAAGAUGAAGAUGAGGAUGUAGAUGUCACUAGUUUCUUAGAGGGUGAUUCCUUUGAAAUGUCAAUUCCAGGGUCUGAUUCUGUUACUUCUGUGUGGCAUAAUUCUUCAUGUUCUCUUAAUAACGCUAUGUUGAGAAAGAAAAGAAAAGCACAGAUGGAUUUAAUACAGAAUAAACAACUUUACCAGGCAGAAGUUAAGGAGGGAUUUGCAUGUUCAGAAGAUUACAGGAAAUACAAAUUAACAAAAGAAAGAUCUAGAAGGCAAGAAAUGCAGUCCCUUUAUAAAGAAAUGGCAGAUUUGGUAAUGACAGAAAAUGAAAUAGAAGAUCUUUCAAUUGCAAAAACAAACAUUUUGGAUAAGGCUAUAGCUUGUAUUAAGACAGAAACCUCAUCAACAAGUCAAUUGAUUGGGAAAGUAGAUGCAUUUAAGAUAUACCAGAAUAAACUUCAAAAACGUCUUGUAGAGUUGAAAGCAUAUCAUGUUGGAAGAGGAAUCAGUAAAGGCAAACUAGAAUCUCAGCUAGACAAAAUUGCUGUAGUUUGUGGUAAAAUUUAUGAUCAUCUACCUGAAAUUAAAAAACAUAUAAAAGACAAAAAAGGACCGGACAAAGCAUCUACAUCAAUGCCGCCACCAGUUAAACAAAAAUCUAAAAAGACCCCAAAACAAGCCAAGAGGUCCAAAGCAGCUGCAUCAAAACACAAAUCAGCUGAGAUUUACAUAGAUAAUCCAGAAGAGUAUGAAAAUGAGGAACAAAUAGGUCAAGUAGCCACACCAUUAUCUUCAUUACCUGGUAGUUAUACCACUUCAACCCCUGUACGGAUGCAAAGACCAGCUCCUUCUCUAGGAGGUCCAUAUCUUCCAAGGUCCAAUGCUACAUUAACUUUACAACCCACAAGUAUACCAACUGUUUCUGUAUCAAGCAUACCAGCGUCGGCUAUAAAAGUGUCUAAUACAGGAGGCAUUCCGACUCCGAUUCCAAAGCUGUCAACCAUUGCUAUAAGAUUUCCUGUUCAGGCUGUCCGAGUACAGAGUGCUAACUCUGUUCCUAUGCCAACUGUUAGUGUUCAAGGUCAAAAACCAGUUGGAAUACCAAAGAACAUUACUGUUCAGAGUGUCAAUACAAUAGUUGGCACUCCAAUUGUUGCUGGUGAUCCAUUACCAAUGGGAGGUACUGUUCCGUCAUUACAAGGCAGUCUUACUCCAAGUACACUAAGUAACGUAUUGGACCCAUUCAUUGUACCACAAAAUGUUCCAAGUUCGUUAAGUACUGUAUCUAACCCAGUCAUUGUACCUCAGAUUGUUACAACAUUACAGAAUUCUCCAUCUACACCUAUUUCAUUAUCUAGUGCACAAGACAGAAGUAUAAAUACUGAUACAGUUCAGAAUUCAGGACAACAUUCAUCAACAUCAGGUUUUAAUGCAGUUCUUGGACAGAUGAUCAUGAAGAAUAUUGUUGAAGAAAUGGGUUCAGAAUUAGGGAUGGAAAAUACUCAAACUACUGUAAAUGUACAAAAAAAUGUGGAAAGUGCUGCUCCGUCAAUUCCUCCCUAUGAUGUGAACUUACUCAAAGAUCAGAUUCUAGAUGAUUCAACGGGAGAAUUAAUAGCUGUUGUAAUGAAUGAGGAUGACAAUGAUAGUAACGAUAGCUCAUCAAAAAACGAGGAUGAAAAUUCCCAAGAUUCCCAAAGUAAUGAAGAAACAGGGGAGACCUCUGCUACCAUUGAAACUAUUUCCAAAAAUGAAGAAUCUUGUCAAAAUUCAGAGGACAAAAAGGAUGAAACUAGUGAGUCUACUAAAAUUGACAAAAAAAAUAGCAAUCAGACAGAAGAACUUGAAACUGACGAAGCACCUAACAUUGAAUCUCUUUUAAAUGACAUUAAAUCCCUUUGUCAGGAGGAUGAAACACCAUUACAACAACCAAGCCUGAAAUCUUCAGUAAUAAAAACUGAAAAUAAGGAGGACAAUAGAAUAUUGAACAAGGAAGUGGAAUCUGAAAAUGUUUUACCAAAUAAUGAAAAACUAGAUCAAGUUGAUGGAGAUAUCUUUAAUUUUUCCGGUGCCAAAGAUAUAGGAAAUUUAUCUGAGUCUGAUUCGAAUAAUAGUGCUAGGACAAAUGUAUAUAUGGAAGACUCUGAUGGCAAUGUAAGCAUUGCUGGUGAAAUCAGUGAUGGACUGGUAGACAAUGAAUCAAACACACCCAAAAUAGUAUCUGUUAUGUCUAUAUCCGAUGUUCUAGGUGAUAAUUUUAAAGAUAUUGAUGAACCAUUAGAGAUGGGCCCUGAUGGAGACAACAUGACUCCUCUGUUUGAUAGUGUUUGAUGAAAACUAUUUUUCUAGUUGAUCAUUUAUAUGUAUGACAUGUAUUUUUAAGAUAUAAAUCAAAACAGCUUUCUUUUCUUUUCUUUUUUUAAGAAAUAGAUUGUAAUUUUCCUUAGGGCUGUUACAAUAAAAAACGAACUUGGGACCCAGGAAGGGCAACUUGAAUUUGCCACUUUUGGUUGAUAUGAAAUUUGGUGUUUACAAAAUUUCGAGGUAUGGCUCCAAAAUUGGUUACUCUAAUUUCAAAGUACCUUCCCUGGUACUAUUAUGUCUGAAUGGAACAGAUAUUAGAGUUAAAUGCAACUUUCAUUUUGUUUAGUGGGUCCUAAACCAACAGAUUUGAGUUUUAUAUUUAAACGUCCAACUCUCAUGUCUUUCUAGAAUAGUCAUUAAACUUCUUGUCUGAGACAACUAAGUUUACACUCACAAUACCUAAGGCUUGCUCAGCCUAAGCAUGCAAAUAUUAAACAAUGUUAUGCUUAAUUUUGUAUACAAAUUUCUAUGUAUAAAUUGAAUUGUAUUUGACUUUUUGUUUUUGCAUCUGUGUUAACAUGAGUUUAACUUUUUAAACUGUUGGACAGUACUGUAUGAUAUACAUGAUAAAGGAACAUUUCUUCAUUUUUUAAAGUGACCAGGUUAUUGAUAUUUUAUGUUUAGCCAUUGUCUUAUAAAUGAGGAUAUCAUAUAUAUUUGUAAAAAUGUUAAUUUUGUAACUUCAUCAUGCUAAAUUUCGUAUUGCCACUUAUGAAUCCCAAACUUCGAAGUGUAAAUAUAUUUACUAAGGAGAUUAUAACAGAAUAGUUUACAUGUGUAUAUUAAGGCCAGUAUGAUUGAUUUUCUUUGAUAAUGUAUGAAAUUGGCUGAUUAUUUUUAAGUCACAGAAAUUUCAUGCAUAAAACCAUAUUCAGUUGUGAUGAUAAUUUAGUUUGGAAAUUUCAUGAAUGAAAAAGAUAUUUCAUUUAUAAUCAUAUUGCAUUGAUUGUUCAAUUGUUUCUUGCAUUUUACAUUUUUUGAGAAACAAAAGUUCACAUUUAUUAAUACAUUUUUAAUGGACUUUUUCUGUGAUAAAAUUUCUUCAUUCAUCAUGUUCGUUUUCACUUCUGUUUCUGUCAUUUUGUAUAAAUAUCCAGUCUCAUUAAUAUCUCUGUAUUGAAUAUUGUUUCACAUCUUGUAUGAUAAUUUAACCAUUUGUAAUUAUACAGUCAAAAUAUCAUUUCCGUCACUAAACCAUUGUAUAUAAUGUCAACCUAAAUUAAAUUCUGAUACAAUGCUGAAA